UAUUAAAUGCAUUUUACGACAUUCGAUACUCAUUGAUUGUAUUUGUGUUAUUACAAAAUUUAUGAUGGUUUCCAAGUCAAAAACUGGCUUGUUUGCGCUAGGUUUUUACGCUUUAGCGUCCUUCUUUAUUAUAUUGGCCUUUGUAAGUCCAUACUGGUUGGUCACUGACGGCAAACUUAAAAACCCUAAGUUUAUUCAAAUUGGUUUGUGGUUGGUAUGCUUCAAUGGGUUUCAAGAGCCGCACCACUGGUAUGACACAGUGUUCACUGGCUGCUGGUGGGUGUUCGAAGAAGAGUACUAUAUCAUCCAUGACAUACUUCUCCCAGGAUUCUUCAUUGCUACUCAGUUCUUCUUCACUGUAUCACUGUGUGCUGUGCUCGUGUCUCUGUUCCUGGCAUAUCUCUAUUUGCAGAAAGACAAUGAUGAUGAAAACUAUUUGACUCUUUUGGUGACACUGGGAACAAUACUUGUUAUUGGAGGAUUUUCUGGAAUUGUAUCUGUGGUGACAUUUGGAGCGAGGGGUGAUGGCCGUGACUGGAUGCCGAACUGGGAACACAAUGACCUCGGCUGGGCAUAUGCCAUGGGCGUCAUUGGAGUUGUCAUGCUGUUUCCAGCAGGCAUUCUGUUCUUGGUUGAAGCUAGGGUGCAAAAGUAUAAGAAACUACAUGAAAUGCAAAGCCGUGAGCCAUCCUCAUACACAAUGCAUGAAAGGAAGUUUGCUUAUGCUGGAGGACACACAGAUAUUUAAUUGGCUGUAAGAUUUUUUAAUUAUAGCCAUGAAUUUCAUUUAUAUAGUUUUAGAUGGUCAUUAUACAUGAUGAGCUGAUAACAGUCAUAAACUAUAUAGUAAUUAGUUAAUAACAAUAAUAGACUAAUGUAUUUUAUCUUAUAUUUGACUCCGUCCAUGUUUUACAAGAAUCUCAUGUACAAAAAUUAUACUUACAUAUUUAAGACUGUAAAAGUCACCCAAUAAGUUGGCCCAAGUGACUUAAAUAAAUGUCAAAUAUCAUGACUACCUUGAAAAAACUCUUUAUCUUAUUCUGUCAAUGUGGUCAUCAAUGCAAAUGAAAAAUGUGGUAAGUAUGGGUUGCAGACGUUACUGCACUUCGACUUUGAGUAACAGGGGAUACAAGAAUUUUUCAAAGUAUUAUAAAAUGAAAGUUCUCUUGCUUUUGUUGUAAGGAUUGAAAAACACAAUAAAAUAAUUCUUCAGAAAGGAAAGAGAUUUAUGUAAAAAAAGUUAAUAAAAACAGCAAUAAUCAUACAUACAUGUAGUGCUGGUGGGGACUUAUAUCUUAUUGGAGAAAUGGGCUCAGUUUUACAAGACUGUUUUAGACUUAUUAUGGGGCAUGCCCUUAUUCAAUAUUUUUGAAAAACAAACACAAUUUCUAUGCAACUAAAUAACAGUGAAGAUAUUGCUACUAAACUACAAUACAUAAUGAGUGUUAUAACUAAAGUACAGUCUGCAGGUAACUUCCUAAUUAAGAGUCCAAUAAAACUGAGUCGAGUCCUAAGGUUGAAGACUCCAAUGAGCUUAUUCUUUAUCAAUACUAUAUUGUGUGUGUGUAGGGUAACUAACCUUGCGUAGGUUUGUGAACUUUCAUUAAAAUAAGUUUGUGUUGUGUGGUCAUGCUGUAAUGGCAGUUAUUUAAAGGUAAAGAAAUAAAAUCUAUUUCCAUAAUUAUUAGUGCCUUAGCAUAGAUGUAUGCAGGACUGUUAAAUGCAUUUUAUUUACUUGUAGUUUUAGUAAAUAAUAAAUCAUUUUUACAUAAUUAA